CUUAAACUCAGACAGCAGAGCACACAGAUAGAAAGACAAAGGGAAAAACUGUUCAAACCUGUUCUCAGAAGCAAACCACAAACUGGACAAGCAUUUCCAGUGCCUUUUUCCUGAUGCUGCCUGUGUGUUUUCGUGGAAGAGGCAGGAGGAUGAACCUCACAGUGCUCACGUUGCUCCUGGCCAUGCUGCUCUGCUCAUCCUGCUUAAGUGAGCUGAGAGUCAAGGAUCCAGAUGUAGAGGAAAAAGAAAAGGCAGGGUUCAAGAGCAGCUUUAGCACAGCUCACAUUCCAGUACCUCUUGGACAUGAGCAUCUCAGCAGAUCUGGAGAACUGGAUACUCAGCCGGAGACACCUCAGAGCCCUCUGCCCUUCUUGAGCGAGAGUUCACACCAGCCUACACGCAGAGGAAACUGGUGUGCAUUUGUUCAUCAGCGUUUGGUAAGCGUGGCUGAGCUCAGUGGUGCUGAAGAGCAUAUAGUGAAGUCAUUCAACCCCUGCGUUAAUGGUGACCCUGACUGCCAAAUAUUUCAGUAUCAGCUCUCCUCACGGCCCAUGUACAGACAGAAGCAGAAAAAUAUUACUGCACUACACUGGAAGUGCUGCCCAGGCUAUGAAGGCAACAGUUGUCAGGAGACAGUGAGUCUGACAGGAGAAAGUCAAUCUAGUCAAGAACACGCAGAAACGGGUUCAACAGACGUUUCACAGGCUGAUGACUCGGACUCUGGCAAUGGUGAAGCGAUUCCUCCUUCUCUGCCUUUCAUGGAUUCCAGCAGCUUCUUGGCAUUUCAUCAAAUAUUUGCAGUAGUAAUGACCCAACUUCAGCCAGUGCUGGAUGGUUUUAAUCGUACUUUGGAGAAUUUGUCCAGAGAGGUGGAAAGUCUGUCCAUAGAUCUGAAGAGUUUGAAGGAUGAACAAGAGAUCAUGUCCAAAACUCAGCAUGCCCAUGAAAAAAAACGUGAGAAAGACAUAGACAGCUUAGAACAGAUGCAGCAGAUAUGGACAGAGUUAGACUUGCAGCAGAAAGCGAUAGAACAAAUGAUACACUUGCAACAAGAACAUCUGCUUCGUAAUAUGACCAUUCUAAAGGAUAAAAUUGACCAAUACAUCAACGCAAGUCAUGAGGAAAUACAGGGGAGCUUACAGUCUCUGAAUAAGUCCAUGGAGGAAGCUCAGCUUGAUCAUGAAAGGCUGCAGGAGACAACACAGGGAGAACAUGCUUGUUCAGUCAAUGCCAAUGGAAACCAGUCACAACUUGAGAUCAGUGUAUGGGAGGCCAUCAGUAAUCUGGACAUGAAAGUGCUGAAUAACACAAUGGAGCUCAGUCCCCUAAUUGAAAACUCCAAACAUUUGAUUAAUAUUGUCCAGAAGUUGGACCAUGGCUUGAGGAACUUGAGUCAAAGACUGGAGUACGUCAGCCACAGCACAGAGGUCCGUUUGGCACAGACUGGGCUUGAAGUAGAGGCAGCUAGAGUGGCUACGCUGAAAAUCAUUAAUGAACUAGAGUCUAACAUCAGUACCCAAGAGAGAGAUUUGCAAGAGAUUCAACUUGACGUGGACAAUAUUUAUCAGCAUCUCCAAAAUAACGAGCUUGCCACAGCAGGUGAAAUUUGCAGCUGUCAUGAAAUCAGUGAUUCAUUGGUUAGGUUGAAAUCUGAGGUGGCCAAUGUCUCAAACUUUGCCAAAGAGAACAGAUAUGCCCUGGAGGAUGCUGAGGCAAAGAGGGGGCUUGGCCAGUGGACCCCAGAAAUUGAAGAUCUCAAUCAAGGCUUGUGGGAUGUGAGAGAAUCUCUAGCUUUUGAGCAAAUCAAGAGAAAGUCUCUGAAUGACAACAUAGCCCAGUUAAAAACCUCCCUCCUGGACAGCCAAAAGGAGAUUAUUGGGCUUAAAGGCCAAUUUGUCACCAAGGAAGCUGAAAUCAGAUAUCUCUCUGCAUCAUUCACUUCUUUACUCAAGGAUGCCAUUCGCCACUCUGAAGUUCUUGAGGUGCUUUUGGGAGAUGAAGUCAUGGAAUUCUCAAGCUGGUCCAAGAGCCAGCAGAAGGAGUUCACUAUUCCUGUACUGCUACAGAAAAUGCGUCUGAUGCAGGAAAAGGUUGAUAGUCAUGAGAAUAGCUUGACCUCUCUAAGGAAGAGCAGUGCAGGGAAAGUUCAAAUGACCAAUGAUGACCCCAAGGCCUUCACAGAAUGGAAUCUCACAAAAGACUUGAGUAAUGCUGAAGAUCUAGACACUUUACUAGAUAUUUCAAAAAGGGAGGAUGAUGAGGACUAUUCAGUUAGUGACUUCUGGAGCCUUGGGAGAGAAGUGGAGCAGCUCGCCAACAGGCUCAGCAUGCUGGAACAGCAACAAUGCAACUGUACUGCUGCCCCCAGUGGUAUUGUACUGGAACUGCAGAGAGAUGUUAGAACCCUGCAACAAACUCUCAAGGAUCAUUUGAGAACUUUCCAGAAUUUAUUCAGAUAUACAGAACAGCUAGCUAGCUCCUCCGACAGUGUGAACUUGGACCAACUGCAGACCAUGAUGAGGACAAAAGAGAGGAGGAGAAAGAAGGGACAAAAUAUGAGGGAAAAGGGAGAGACAAGCAGCAUGCGCAGUAAAAGGCACAUUGGGAAGAAGUAAGACCACUCCUAUACUCCUUUUUUGACCAAUAGAGAAUGGGUUCUUGAAUUGGUUCCGUUCAGGAUUCUUUGAACCUUGGUGCUAGCUAGCAAACCAGCCCAUAUUUUCAGCAGUUUUAAGUGGAACCAUCAUAAUCAAGGAUGUGUCAUGAAUGAGUGGCAUUGCAUCAUGCACAACAGAGGUCAACAGUAGUAGCAAGAUGGUAGAGUGCAUCAAUUACCUUCAAACCUUUGUUCUUGCAGAUUUGUUCUCAUUCCAUUUUUUUCUGAAGACGUAUUCUUUUUCAUUGCAUUCUCCAUUGCUGUGCUCCAAUUCCUCUCUAAACUAACACGAACACUGAUGUCAUCACAGUCCAUGCUGGAAAAACCAGCUAUGUUU